UGUGUAAGAUCCAGGAAGACACUUACCGCUAUUUUAUCGGAUACCACGUAGUCUACUAUCCAGAUAUCAUCGAUAUAUACCAAUACCGACAGGUCUAUCUCUUUUAAAUGUAGUUUUUGCGAUUUCUCGAAAUAAAACAGAUUGUAAUGAGUAUUUGAAGAUCCAUGGCAUUCCAGUUCCAAGUAGCAGUUCCGGUUCCAGUUCCAGUUUCAGCAGGACCUAGAAAAACAGACCCCAUAAUAAAAUGCAUCAUAGACAACAAGGCAGAGAGACUUCAGAAAUUAUUAAAAGGCAGAGAUAUUAACGGUUUGUACUCUUCUGAAGACUGGAAGGAUGAUGUUACACCAUUAACAGCAGCAGUUUUAUGCAAAAAUGAAGAAAUCUGCUCUUAUCUACUUGAAGAGUCGGCUGAUCCUAACAAACACUCAACAAAUGGACAAACACCUCUACAUUAUGCUGCUUUCACAACUGGAGUUCCAUUGAGUAUUGUGAAAAGAUUACUUGCAGCAAAAGCUAACCCAAAUGGACAUGGAUUACAAAUGUUGACUCCAUUGCAAUUUGCUGUUGAUCAUGACCGUGAAGACAUUGUGAAAGCACUUAUAGAGGCUGGAGCUUCACCUGUAAUGAACUAUGAGGCAAAUCAAAAGAUUGAUAAAAAGGUUGAGAGAAUGAUUCGUCGACUAUCUUCACAGGGUAAAGUGUCUGAUAAAGUACAUAUAUCUUUCUCUUUUUUUUGUGCUGUAAGAAUGAAAAAUCACACAGAAGUUAUCAAAAUCUAUGAGGAACAUUUCUUUCAAGAGGAUCCUUUUGUUCCUUUGAUUUAUUUUGAGCUCUACUUUGGUGUUGUUGGUCGUGGUGCAGAGCCGUACCGUCAGAGCGCCAUCAAGUGGUUAAAAGAUACAAAGAGUGCAGACAGAUACAUUGAGGGACUCAUCAAGCGCUUUCCAAGGAUCCUUCAGGAACACUGGCCGAUUGUACUGAACUGCUUAAAAAUUGCUUUGUGUGUCAGUGAAAACAUCUCUCCUCAGGUAUUCAGUGAGCUUGUGCCAAUUCUAACAAAGAGUCUUCAGUACUUUGGAAAUCCAAACGGUGAAACAGUCAAUCUUUUGAUACUCAAAAUACUCAAUGUCAUGAUGCAGAAGACGUCUGAGCAGAAACUGAGAUUGAACCAUUCUGUCUAUGAGAAGUUAUGCAAAAGUCUGUUGCCUCUCACACGUCCUGAUCAUUCAAGUUUAAUUGGAAUGUGGACAUAUAGUUUCUUUGCCUACAUAAAUGACUUAAAUCCUGAACUUGUGGCAUUGUAUGGAUUGACUUCAGUCCCAGAGAUGAUACUUAACACUGCAGAGAUAGAAGAUGAAGCCAUAAACAAAAAGCUACAAAAUCUGAACAUAUCACUCAAACAUCCAUCAGGUGCGAUGGAUAGUUUACAUGAGGAGACGGCUGCUCCUUCAAAGAGCAGGAAAAAGAAGAAAAAGAAGAAAAAAAUCCAGCAAGAAGUGGGAUCACAAGAAGGUGGGCUGCAAGAUAAAGAGGAGCCGUAUUCAGACACUGUAGUGAAAUCCAUUGAGGAAUCAAAUUCAAGUGUGCAGCCAUUUACACCGCCUGCUGAGAACCAAAAUUUCUCAAAAAGGUGGGUUCAGACCAGCUGUCGUUGGAGACCCAAGCUUGAGAAGCUAGCUAACAUGGAUGUUAGCAAUACCUAUAGGCUGGGAAAUGGUAGGCUUACUCUUGUACUCAGUGAUGAAUUUCAGAUUGCUAAAGGAAGCGAUGGAACAGAAGUUUUUCUUGGUUUGAGGGAUGACGGCACAGAGGUGGCUGUGAAACGAAUGAUUAAGUCCAAUUAUCAGGCCCUCAAGAACGAGGAGGAAUUUCUACGACUUCCGCAGCUUGAUAGUUCCUCCAUUGUGCGAUAUGUGGACUUCGCUGAAGAUGACCAUUUUGGAUAUCUUGUUCUUCAGCUUUGUGAGUACACACUGGAGGAAUAUAUCCAAGAGCAUUUACCAGAUGAUUCUGCUGAGAGAAGUUCGGUUCUGAAGAAGCUGGUGAAGGAAGUUCUCUACAGCUUACAGGUUUUACACCAACCGCAGACCAAAGUGCUUCAUCGGGACAUCAAACCCCAGAAUGUUCUGAUUGAUAUAAAUGGAAAAGCUAGAUUGGCUGAUUUUGGCAUAAGUCGUCGACUGAACUUAAGCCAAACGACUUUACGAACAAGCAUUGCUGGAACUAGAUGCUGGAAGGCAAAGGAGAACAUAGAUGAGGAGGUCAGCACUGGGUACAAGAGGAGCUCCGACAUUCAGGUUGCUGGGAUGUUAGUGUACUACAUUCUCUCUAGAGGACACCAUCCAUUUGGUAAAGGUCCAUAUUGUGAAGUCAACAUUCUACAAGGAAGAUACUCACUGGAACAUCUGGAUGAUGAUGUAGCGAAGGAUCUCAUCGAGUGGAUGAUCAAUGAAAAUCCAAACAACAGACCAACUGUGGAGCAGACCCUUGCACACCCCUUCUUCUGGAUUGAUGAAAGGAGAGUGGAGUAUUUGAAAAAAAUUGGGAACCAGAAUGAAGCCGAGAGCUGUCGUAAUGUUGAUGAGGAGCUCCUUCAUGCUAUUGAAAAAUACACAGAGAGGAAAAGCUUUUCUGAAUGGAAAACUAAACUGCCAUCUGAGCUUGUCCAGAAAAUGGAAAUGAAUAGGAAACCUUAUCCUGAGAACACACUGGGCCUGCUGCGUUUUAUACGCAACCUACACGAGCAUUAUCCAGAUGACGCAGAGAGCAUCAACCUGAUGGAUUCAUUCCCUGAUCUCUUUGGGAGUGUGUUCAGGCUUGCAAAGGAGAGAGGAUGGAACUCCAGGGCGAGUCUGAAGAAGUUCUUCAGCUCAGUUCAUCAGAUUUGAUUGUUUUUAUUUUUGGUUACAAUAUGUACAUUGAUUUUGCAUCAUGAAGGUAUUUUAUGAAUGAGUUUAAAUGUAGCGACAGAUGUAAGAAGACCAAAGAUCCAUUGUUUUUUGGGAAAUGAGGCCCUAACAACUAAAAACAUUGACAGUUAAGGAGGCACAAUAUAAAAAAAACAAAAGUCAGUAGUACAUUUUUAAACAGUAAUUUAGUUCUUGCUUUAUCCUGUGGAAAAUAUGUAAAUAUCUCACAGAGCAACCUGAAGGCAAUAAAAAAAUAUAUAAACAUCUUACAGAUUCUGCAUGUAAACCUAAUAACAGAAAUGUUUUGUGAAUGAGUUUAUUAAAUGUUAAUAAAAUUGAUGUAAUGAAA